AGAACUAUCAACAAACUAAACAUCGGUAUAUAAAACCGCGCAAUACUUUGUAAUGCUUAGUAUUUAGUUAGUUUGCUGAGUGGGAAGCGUGCUAGUUUUAUUGGUGAAGAUGUUCAAGUUUUUUUCAAUGUUGCUCGGCUUAGUGCCAUUUCUUGCACUGCAAGUGUUGGCUGGUUUUCCUAAUGACCCAAAGCCAUGCCAGUACGGUGACAGAGCUUGUUUAAUGAGUACUAUUGAAUACCUGAUGCAUAACAAGUCUCAAGGCUUCGCCUCGCUAAAUUUAGUUAAGACCGAGCCUUUAAGAGUUGCAAAGAUGGUAAUGAAGCAAGGUGCUGAGAGUCCAGUCAACAUUGAUUUGACCUUUAUCAAUAACGAUAUAACUGGCUAUAGCAGAAUCAAGAUGAAGGAUGUGAAGGGCUUCGGAAAAGAUUUAGGAACAAAGCACGAUCUUUACGCUGUCGCGCCUGUCCUCAGCAUGAUUGGCGAUUACACAAUUAAAGGACGUGUACUAGUGCUACCGAUAACCGGCACUGGCAAAAGCAAUAUCACAAUGGUUAAUGUACGAAUUCAUAUUCGUUUUACUGGCGUUCCAAUGGAGAAACCAGACGGUCUAUACAUGAAGGUGAAGGAUGUGCGUUUAGAUGUGCAGCCAGAUAAAAUGAUUUUCAAUUUUGACAACCUUUUUAAUGGUGACAAGAUGCUGGGUGAGACGAUGAACGGUUUCCUUAACGAAAAUUGGAAGGAUAUUUAUCAUGAGGUGCGUGAUAGCUUCAACGAAGCUUUUGCCCAAAUUUUCACCACCGUUAUAGACACAGUGUUUAGUAAAUAUCCUUAUGAGAGGUACUUUACGGAAUGAAAUUCUAAUUUAAGACUUUUCUUUAUUUAGUUUAUGUAAAAUCAGUUUAAGUAUAAGCGAAUCUUACAGUUUUAUAUUUAGUUCAUACAAUAUGUACCUGUAAAAGCAUACUUGUACAUACAUAUGUAUUAUUACUGUUUUAUAGCUG